AUGAGCAUCGAGGCGCUUGAUGCAAUGGUUCGCUCGCAAGAGCUCGAACUGCAACGGCAGAUCCUCGCCCAGUAAGUUUCUGCGUCCUUCCACUUGCUCAUUGCUGACCGCUCGCAGAGAACAAUCCAUGACCGAGUCCAAGAGUCGAUCCGAUUUCUGCAGUCUCUCUGCCGAGCUCCGAAACCGCGUCUACGAGUUCGCCCUGAUUGAGGACACCAUCGAAUUUCCUCGGUUCCUUAGCCCGCCUCUGCCGAGGAUCCCGAGCAUUCUCCAGAGCAAUCGCAAAGUCCGCGAGGAAGCUUUGCCAAUCUAUUUCGCCAACAAUAUCUUCGAAAUCGAGUUUCACGAGAGCUUCAGAUCGUGGGACAAGGAAGUGCGCCAGCCCCUUGCCAGAUGGCUCAAAGCAAUCGGUCCGGUUCGCUGCGCGCAGAUCAAGAAGCUGCGUGUCAAGCAUCACUACCGGGAGGGCCCACUUCGGCCGCGGAUGGCGAUGGGAGGGAAGAAUGGAGCACCAACCCCCAGGGUGACUAGCCAAGAGCAGGUGUACGCGCUCCUGGGCCUGGAAGAUCUCGGUCUUUCGGAGAACCAGUUCGUGCUGGAGUAUGUCUGUCGCACAGUGUAUCGUGUUCAGAGUUCAUAAGACUGGUGUGAUCGGAGGAGCUCGGGGCAUAAGGACGCCACAGGGGAACGAUAGGAGCAGAUGAGGAUUAGUCUCAGAAGUCAUGAUCCAUCAGGAUUCCGAGAUCAACGGGCAGCCUGGCUUCUAUGAGGAUCAAGCAGAAUAUCCGAACGGUGCAUGACAAUAAUCACAACAGUAGCUUCGAUCGUCAAUUCAAAGCUGUACGGCUGCUCAAAUAAAUGUGGGCUGAUAUGCCUAUGUGCCAUGUUCAUCUGAUUCUUGGCAUGGAGGAGAAGUGAACGCUCUGCUCCCAAAGUCACUCGACCAUGAUUCUAGCCAACAACACCUUCAAGAUCGAUCUCGGCAAAGACACCCCAGACUACACCGCAACCGUCAAGGCCCCAUUGACCGAGUGA